CGCAGCAGAGGGCUUCCAGCCCUCGGACCAGCUCCGUGUCCCUCCCCCGGCCCCGCUCCAGCAGGUCCCUGCCUGGCUUGUGCUGGGGACCCCCGAGCUGGGCGCAGUGCUCCGGGGGGUCUCCCCAGAGCGGAGCAGAGGGGCAGAAUCCCCUCCCUCGCCCUGCCAGCCACGCCGCUCGGGGUGCAGCCCAGGAGCCGGUUGGGUUUCUGGGCUGUGAGCGCAUGUUGCCAGCUCGUGCCCCGUUUGUCACCUCCCCGGUCCUUCUCCACAGGGCUGCUCCCCCCGUCCCCCCCAGCCUGUGUUGGUACAGGGGGUACGGCCCCGACCCAGCGCAGGACCUUGCACUUGGCCCUGUUGAGCCUCACGAGGCUCCCACAGACGCACCCUUCCAGCCUGCCCAGGCCCCUGCCUCAGGAGCAGACCCACUCCUGGCUGAUCUAUCCCCGAUAAGCUCAGCUCCAGGGGCCGCCACAUGUGGGCUGAGACCUUUUCUCCUGCCUGACACACUAAGGCUGGGCCGUUCCACUGAGCCCCUGGUGCCUGCUGCCUUGCAUUCAGUGCCUUUCCUCUCCCUGUGUGCUCCGGGUCCUGCUUUGUGCCACGCUGGAAGUCUUCCCGCUCUGUGUCACCACUCCCAGUGCCGGGGAGGUGCUCUGGAACCAGGGGUGGAGGCAACGGUGCUGUCGCUCCCUGUCCAGUUAUGCUUCCUGCCACCCUGACCCAUGCUGGCUGCUCCGUCGUCGCCGCCAUCGCUCCUGCAGUUAGCUUGAACCUGGGUUUCAGUUUCUGCUGGAGCGUGGCGGGGCUGCGGCACGUGCCUGCCAGGCCAUGGCUCAGCCCAGGAGGCGGGCGAUGGCCUGAGCCAAGAGGCGGCCUGAAAGGGAAACGCAGAGUCCCUGGCAGGAUCCCCACUCUCCUUCUCCCCUCUCAAGGUCAAAGCGCUGCGGGGAGUGGUGACACAUGGCAGCUGAGCCGUCCUCCUCACCGGAGCACAGCGUCUGGCCCAUUUGCCCUUGGGAGAAGCGUGCUGGCCCCGUUCUCAUCCUGGCUCAGGCGUGGAGGGCAGUGCUGGGCCGGCCCUGGGUGGCAAAUGGUGUCGGGGCAGCUGCUCAGCCCCACGGCAGCCUGAGUGCCGCCUGGCUGCUGGUGUCAAACCCGGCAGUGCCGCGCGUCCUCUUGGCCUCAGUUUGCCACCGUGGGAUUAAUGGGGCUGGCUGCCCGCCCACCCUGACCUGGCGUUACGGAAGGGCUCCGGCACGGGAUCCCUGCCCGGGAUCUGGCUGGCAGGCAGCUCCCACAGGGAAGGAGCCCAGGCUGUGCCUGCGGGAAGGGAGUCGGCUCUCGGGGCAGCCAGAGGAGCCUCUGCCGGCUCCAGGGAGCACUCAGCCCUCGGAGGGCUGUGAGCUGGGAGGGAGAAGAAGGGGGAUGAAGUUGUAGGUCGGUUGUACUUCCAACUGGUACAGCUGCAGAGGCUGGAGGCAAGAGGCUCCUCAUCCUCAGGAGAGGUUAAACAGCCAAAAAUUCCCACCUGAGCACUGGGCUGAUGGCUCAGCGGCUCCCAGAUGUGCCUGUCGCCUGGGGCUCUGCAGCCCACCUACCUGCUCCCACCACCUCCCAUGCCUUCCCUGGUACUCGCUGGGGAUGGUGGCUGCUCCCCUGGGUGCCCCUUGGCACAACUGCAGGAGCUGGCAGCUCCAGACACCCAGUGAAUCGAAAUCUUCUUUUCCUGAGUGUUUUCCUAACGGCUUGGAGCUGGAAGCAGCAGGGGGGAGAUGCAAGGCCACAGCUGACACGGCCACGUGUCAGGGACUUCUGGUUUGGGAGGUGGCCCUCACAAGGCUGUGUCCUAGGGUAGAAGUUUAAAAUCGAAUGAAGGAAACGAGCAGUUUCUCUCAAACUUCCUUCCAGUCCCCCAUCUCCGUAGGGGUAGGCAGUGCUUGCCUGUUUCCUGGGUGGCUCUGCAGGGCCCGUCCCCGUGCCCCGGCUCCUCCCGAGCUGCCAUUUUACCAGAAGCGGAAUUGAAAGCUCUGAUGUGAAGCCGAGACCGGUGUCAGCUGCGGGAGAAGCGGGUCUGGGGCACCCCGAGGAUAGCCGGGUCUCCCUUGCGGAGGCUGGUCCUGGUCAGCGGAGAGCUGGCGGAGCCCAUCUGUCUGCUGGGGGGACAGGGAAAGCUGAGCCCUGAGAACAUCGCCGAGUUCGACCUGAAGGAUAUCUCGUACAGGGUGAAGAGCCCCACUUGCCAUGAGCUGGCGCUGCUCACCUCCUUGGAUGAGCCCAUGGUUUUUAACUUCGAGGAGGAGCGGGAGGCACAGAAGUGGUGGACGAUCGUGAGCAGCUCUCUGCGGGAGGUGCAGAAAGCCUUGGAGAGCACGCUGGAGUCUUAUGCCUCAUUUCUGUCCAUGUCUGCAAGCGGUGCCUCUGCGAGUCAGGAUCCAGAUGAUGCUUUUUGUUCGGAGCUUUCCAAGAAAGAGGACCUGGCACUGAACCUCGCCCAGGCAAUCGAGUACGGAGAUGAGGAGGCGGCCUCGCAGUGUGCCGUGGCCCUGGCUCGCCAGCAAGCCACGCUCAGUAUCCUCUGGAAGGAGACCAACUACCCCACGGAUCAUAUCAGCAUGAAGGUCGGCGUGGAGGAUGCAACAUCUUCUGCAAGCAUCAUCAUCAGGGUCCGCGCUCACACUACAAUAGGAACACUCAAGCAGCAGGUCUUCCACGAUUAUGGGUUCCACCCCUUGGUUCAGCGCUGGAUCAUCGGGCAGUGCCUGUGUGUGGAUGAACGGACCGUCUCCUCCUACGGCAUCCGCAGGGAUGGCGACAUUGCGUUCCUCUACCUGCUCUCGGCGAAGAUGGCCGAGCUCACCGAGGAGCGCUACGAGGAGGACCAGGCGCGGAUCAUGCUCAGAUCCAUCUCCUCACUGACUGACACCACUGAGGAACGGCAAAACGACAACACCCUGCCCAACACAUCUCCAAAGAAAGACUGGGAGAACGAGGCCAGCAGGAAGAUGGACAUCGGUGAGAUCAGCCAGCACUUGGACACGCUGCAGAUCAACGACCUUUUCAGUGCCCAGCCUGCUGCCACGAGCCUGCCCUCCCCAGUGCAGGUGGGCUGGUCGUGUCCAAAAUGCACCUUCAUCAACAAACCCACGCGGCCAGGCUGCGAGAUGUGCAGCACAGACCGUCCCGAGGACUAUGUGGUCCCUGGCAGCUACAAGCCAGACGAGACGGAGCUUUGGAGGAUGCAGCAGGAGCAGGAGGGGAUCCUACAGUACCAGCAGGCACUGGAGGCCGAGCGGCUGAAGAACUUCCAGCAGCUGCUGCAGCUGGAGGAGGAGGUGCUGGUGCCCAACCAGGAGGUGCUGGAGUGCCGCAUCUGCUACCAGCAGGUCCCCCCCGGCGAGGGGGUGCUGCUGCGCGAGUGCCUGCACAACUUCUGCAGGGAGUGCCUGCGCCAGGUGAUCAACUACAGUGAGGAACCAGAGGUGGCCUGUCCCUUCCGUGACGACUCCUACGCCUGCAGCAGCCACCUCCAGGAGCGGGAGAUCCGGGCGCUGGUGUCACCGGACGAGUACCGGCGGUUCCUGGAGAGAGGCCUGAUGCUGGCGGAGCGGCGCAGCCCCAACAGCUUCCACUGCAAGACCACCGACUGCCGCGGCUGGUGCAUCUACGAGGAUUCGGUGAACGAGUUCCGCUGCCCCGUCUGCCAGGCCCUCAACUGCCUGCUGUGCAAGGCCAUCCAUGAAGGGAAGAACUGCCGCCAGUACCAGGAUGACCUGCGGCUCCAGGCACAGAACGACUCGGCUGCCCGGCAGACCAACGACAUGCUGCAGACCCUGGUGCAGAUCGGGGAGGCCAUGCAUUGCCCCACCUGCUUCAUCAUCGUCCAGAAGAAGGACGGCUGCGACUGGAUCCGCUGCACCGUCUGCCAGACCGAGAUCUGUUGGGUGACCAAGGGGCCGCGCUGGGGGCCUGGGGGUCCCGGGGACACCAGUGGUGGCUGUCGCUGCAACAUCAACGGACAGAGGUGCCACCCCCGGUGCCAAAACUGCCACUGAGCCCUCACCUGGCUCAGCCCCGUGGGGACGGGGACCCACCGGAGGCAUUCGGCACCAGGAGCUGCUCUCCUCACGCCAAGGGAUGGCCCAGCUGGAGUUGGAGCCCAAGCAGGACCCGGAGACGUUCAUGGUCACAGGGCAAAGCUGCGUCCCACAGCCAUGGAAGGAGAGAGGAUGGACAUGGGGCAGGGAGGUGUGUGUGGGGGGGAGCCCUGCAUUGCGGGGGCUUCAUGGAGCCUCUGCUGGCAGCAAACCUCCCCCCCCCAGAGGGGACUGGUGCGGCACUGGCCGUCCCAAUAAAGCCAUCUACAUGCCACA